UCUUGUCGAGUGGUAGAGAAUGAGCAGAGCCAUACUUGAGCUAGCCUGCUAGUAAGUGAAUUUCAGUCACAGUAGGAGUUCUAAAGAGUGAGAGAACCCGAGGACGGGGAAGCUAAACUUUCUUCAAUUCCGGAAUUUAUGUCUACCGUAGGAGGAUAUAGAUUCCAUGUGACGAGUUGAAGAAGGAUAUGGACUUGUUUAUAUGAUGUCGUGCAGGCCGGUUCCUGUGUAGGGAGAGAACUAACGAUAGCUAUUUGGCUAGCUAGCUAGUUCGCUUUUAGCUACAUUAGCUAGCUAAAAGGGAGAGUGGUGAAAAACGGGGCCCGCCAGUCAGGCUGAAGUAUCGGCAGCAGCCGGUGACCAGUAACUGCGACAGCGGCCUGCUGGCAAAUCCGGGGCCGUAAAAAUACCUCACACGGGAGGCCAGGUCUGGAAGAACCGGAGGAGAGGAGACGGUGGUAUCGGGAGACUUGUCACAUUUCGUGCUGACGGAGACUAGCUAGUUAGUUACCUUGUCCGAGUUCAGAGGAAGUGUGCUUGUUCGUUUUUACACUCAGACACACUCUGCAACAGGAGAGGGGAGCAAGGAAGAUGUCGCAUACUUCUCUCGUUAUAAACUGUGCGUUCUUUAGAUAAAUUAGAAGACUAACUAAUUGAGCUCCUACUUAACACUUUAAUCUGGAAAUAGAGAGCUGGAGUGACUAACAAAAUAAACAUGUCAAAAAUGCCAGCAAAGAAGAAGAGCUGUUUUCAAAUCACAAGUGUGACACAGGCUCAGGUGGCGGCCAGUAGCAUCACGGAUGACACCGAGAGUCUGGACGACCCUGACGAAUCCAGAACCGAGGAUGUGUCAUCAGAAAUAUUCGACUUGUCCCGGGCCGACAUUGACACGGGGGUAUGUGACAGAAGUUCAUCCGAGGAAACCUUAAACAACGUAGUGGAACUGGAGGCUGCUGUCAUGGCGUUACAUUUACAUCAAGAGCAAGAGGCUGCAACAGGUCAUUUUAACGGGGGGCACGCUUUUAGAAGUACAGGCAGAAGUCAUGUCAAUCAACACCUUUUAGGGGGUAGUGUGCCUGUACCAGCCGCGAGUAAGCCCUCCAUUCCAACCUUGGCCACUCAGCAGCCGACAACAGUCAAUGCUGUCCCUGCUGUGAAUGUCUCCCCAACAAGUGUGUCUCAAACGCCCCCAACUGCGCCUAGCACUACAACCACUGUAAGCUAUAGUUCACGUUUCAGGGUCAUUAAACUUGACCAUGGUACAGGGGAGCCCUUCAGACGGGGCAGAUGGACAUGUACAGAGUUCUAUGAGAGAGAUUCUGAGGGCUCUGGCAUGAGCAGGACUGUGGAUAGCAUAAAGCACACUGUCACCCUUGACCACAAUGCAGACCGGGACACUGGGCUUGGGGCCACAGGAGACUAUGUGGUUGCUUCUAGUACCCUGUCCACACAGGCUCAAGAGUCCACAGGUGAUAGUGGCUACUCCACUAUCCACCAUGGCCAUCCUCCGGAGCCUCAGCAGCAAGGCUACUGCCUAGCGCCUGAAAUAGGGAACGGGGGGAGUGCCUUCCAGCCCAUGGGUUACUCAGCAGUUGUAUCCCAGGCCCAGGUCAACGUUCAGCCCUCUGUCCCCCAAACACUUCACCCUACUGGCCUCAACGGGGUGCCCCAAGGCGGCAUGCUGAAAAAAUAUCCUCUUAUGCCUCUUGCCACGCAGGCCCAGCAGUUUGCCUACUCUGCUCAUCCCUCUGGAACGCUCCCCAGUCAGCUGGACCUUCACCAGCCUCAGAGCUCCAGCACUCAAACCCUCCCUAUGGCCUCCCUCUCUGUGGGUCCUCCUGCGAGCCAGGGCCCCUCGCCUGUCAUCACCCCAGCCGGCCCCAGUGCUCAGGUGCAGGGGUUGUUGGCUCAGGCCGGGGAGCUGACUGGGUCUCUGCACAGCGGUCCAUCACCGAUAGCCCCUCGCCUGCCCGGGGGUGCCAUACAGCACCCUGUGAGUCAGCCCCUGCCUUCAGGUGGAGUGGGCAGUGUCCUCGUACCUUCCACAGCCUCCAUUGUCCAGAACGUGCCUGCCACAGUGCCCAGCGCCACCAACACCCCCCCAGGCCCAGGAGGACUCUCCCAGGCCCAGGUAGUUUGCAGUGGGGCCACGGCGGGAUCUGCUGGGCAGGGCCUUCCCGCAGCCAGCCAAGAGGAUGACAGCCGCAGGAGGUCGGACAACCUUCCUCAGCCCUACGCCACCCUGGGAAAAGAUUUCAUGAGGCCUUUCAUCCCAGAGAGCCUGCAGCUGGCCAAUCCCACCGUCAACAGUCUGUUCGGGAUAGCCAUUCCCAUGGAUGGGGAUGAGGAUGGUGCUUCCGGAGCCAGUGUUGUUGCCAUCGAUAACAAGAUAGAGCAAGCAAUGGAUCUAGUGAAGAGCCACCUGAUGUACGCAGUGCGGGAGGAGGUGGAGGUGCUGAAGGAGCAGAUCAAGGAGCUGUACGAGAGGAACUCUCAGCUUGAGCAGGAGAACGCCGUGCUCAAGUCCCUGGCCAACAUGGACCAGCUCACCCAGCUGUCGUCCACCCAAAUCAGCCCUGCCGGCAGCACCUCCCCGUCUCAGCAGCUACCCUCCACCAAUAACACCAAUACCAACACCCCCCUGGAGGGUGAAACCCAGGCUUUCAGCCUGCCACAGCAGCCCAACGUCACCUCUGUGUGAUCCCAUGCCCUCGUAAUACACCUCCCCGACAUACGGGAGGAGGAGACCCCAAAAAACAACCAACCCCUGCCUCUCCCGCCGCCUUGCAACAUAAAAAAAGAGCUCAGAACUGCAUUUGAUUUGUUUUUUUAGAGGCAAAAAUAACAAGCAAAAUCAGCUUUUGUUUGCCACCCUUGUCUUCGACUCGUGUGAAGAGCCAUGCUUCAUUUUGCGUGCUGCUGCUGUCGUCGGGCCUUCCCAGUAUUAGACAAUCAUCAUCCUGUGAUAGCAUUCUUUUGGCCGGGUGUCCCGCUGUAAGUCUAUGGGGAGCUGGCCAAGGGAGGAGUGCGGUGCAGGGCCACGGGGGGUAAGAGGCAAUCCGGCGCAUGGGGGCGGUAGUGGAGGUGGUCAAAGAGGCCGAAAAACGUGGGGGGGAUCCUACGUCCUGGGAGGCCCUUGACUGUUCUAUCCCUCACGCCACAAUGGGUUGUUGGUAGAAAGUGGAAAAGAACGGGGGAAUGAGAACGACAAAUAGAGACUGAGGUGGAGGAAAGGAUUCCCCCCACCAUAGGAAGAAUGUGUCUCACGCCGUGAGAAGACCAAAACUAGUUCUCCCAGAGCCACCACACUUUGACACAAAUCAAAAAAUACCUUCAUUAGUUCAGUUUUAAUGUUUGCAUUUAUUUAUUUCAGGGAUACUAUUUUCAUAAUGUAAAUGAACAAUGUCACAGAAAUACAUGUUAUUAAAAAAAAACUAGUUUCUCUUUUUGUUUCUGGUAUGUUAGAUUAUCUGUCAGGCAGUCAAUUGGUAGUCUAAUGCAAAAAGUAGUUCCGUAAAUGCAAUAGGUUCUUUUAAAAAGGCAAUUCCCAUGGCAUAGCACCGCUAACACUAAAGGCAGUUAACUUCAUUAAAUUAAUCCAGGUUGAAUGUACAUUUUGUAAAGAGUAAAGUAUUAAAAGCAUAGAGGGAUUGUACAGGUGAACGCCAGUUUAUUGAGAUAUGAAUCGCUGGUAGUUAUAUUUUGAUAAACUUUUGCUGUAGUUUUUUUGUUGCCAAAAUUGAAAGACAAUUGCCAUACUUUCCCCAACGUUUUAAAAAUUCUAUUGCACAUAUUUACUUUCUGGGCUGGGGGUAAAAAAGCUGUGAAAUUGUUCAACCUACUUUGUAACCAAAGACUCAAAGCUGUGUAAUUAUUUAAUUUUUAAUGCACACAUUCUUUUUAUUUUUUACUUCCUAGUUUUUUUGUUUCUGUUUAGCAUGUUCUGCAUGAUCUAUAAUUAAACCACUUUCUUACCUCAUCUUUUUAUUUAGCACUCUUAUUGUAACGUAAAGUUAGUCUGCUCUGUCCUUUACCCAUCGUUUACAAAGAGCUGCCAGUUAGAACGAGAGAGGAAGGAGAACGGAAUGGAAAGAGAGGGGGCGAGAAUGAGGGAUUAAGAGGAAGGGAGAGUCAGAAGCACACACUAGCAGAAAAUGAAGUUUGAGCCAUCUUUUUGUUUAUGUAAAUGUUUGUUUUGAAUUUCAUAUGCAGACCAAAAAAGUUUUGUUAAAUUGCAAAUGUUACUGUAUUUAAAGGCCCAGUGCAGUCAAAAACGUGACUUUACAUUUCCACACUGAGGUUGGAAUAAUACUGUGAAAAUUAUA